CCUCUCCGGGGAAGGAAGAGAAGACUGGAAAACAAAUGUGCCUGCUAGCAAGCGCCGGCACCAAUCUACGGACGGCUAGCCUGCGCACCACCAGGCCAACGCCCUCCUCCCAGUCCCUGCCCACGCCCAGAUGGCAACAUAGCCAAACCCCUAGAAGCAUUUUUAACCUCUGAAUUUUCCUGCCAUUUUCUUUCCUCCCCAAACAAAAAGACCACUAACAUGCGCCAUCACCUCCUCUCCUCCACCAUCGCCAUGGCCCCCUCCUCAAUUUCUCUCUACAAACAACCCCACCACCACCACCACCACCACCACCACCACAAAAAACCCUCAAACCCUAACCCUAGCUCUACCGCCACCGCCGCCCAUUCCUCUAUCCCCUGUAAACACUCCCCAUCGGCCACACUCGACAUCCUCAUCCUCGUUCUCGUCCUUUUCUCAGGCGCGUUCCUCAUCACCUCCUACUUCUCCUACAUCUUCCAGUCCCUCUCUCUCCUUCUCCCCCCUCUCUCUCACUCCACCGCCCUCCUCCGCCGCGACUCCGCCAUGCUUUACUUCAUUGGCUUCGUGCUGUUCUUCGUCCUCACCCUCGUUUUGGUCGAGAUCUGUUACGGUUACCGGUCGAAGAAGUGCGAUAACCCUAGGUGCAAGGGGCUGAAGAAGGCGAUGGAGUUCGAUUUGCAGCUCCAGACGGAGGAGUGCCUGAGAUCGGCCGCCGCGGCGGUGAGAGAGAUCGAUGAACUUCCCUGGAAGGGCGGCAGUGAGGGAAACCCCGACUACGAGUGCUUGAGAAUGGAGCUGAGGAAGAUGGCGCCGCCAAAUGGGCGGGCGGUGCUGCUCUUCCGGGCCAAGUGCGGCUGCCCCGUGGCGAAGCUUGAGGGUUGGGGAGCAAAGCGCGGUCGCCGGCACAAGAAGGGUUUGGUGCCGCAUGGGGGAGGAGAUCAUCGCUGAUUGGUCUUGGUUACCCCAUUGUCAAGAGAUACAUAUAUUUCCCCUUUACUUGUCCUAUUUACCUUUCUGGACGUUGUUUCUCCUGGGAAAAUUAUAUUAUGAAUAAGAACAGUGCUUUCGAUCUUCAUCAAUGACAGAAUAUCUUGUUUUUAACUUUUUUUUUUUUUUUUUUAAAGAUAGUCAUCCAUGUAUGCACACUAUCAUUGGACGUUAUUUUUUCUUUGUACGUGGCACUAAUAAAUAUGUGAACUAGAAAAUGUAAUUAUACGAGAAUUUGUGCAAGUUUAA